GACGACGCAUCCACGGCGGAAGCCGUUCCGCACGCUGCGAAGAAGCGCCGCCUGGUGAUGAUGCCCAGCCGAGUCAACGCGCCGAUGCACUCGGCAGCGAGCGACCUCUGCAUCCAUGUAGCAGUGCCACCGAGCAGCCACAUUCCAUGCCAAGCCAGGACAACGGACCACAACGCUACGUGCCACCUCAGCCUUGUGCAAAGCGAUGCGCGGGAUGGCGCGUACGACAAGGCGUAUCUUGGCGAUGAUGAGCUGGUCGAGACGACGGCCGUGGGCCUCUCGCCGCCGAUCCUCACGGCGCUUGCCCACGUCGCGGCCGCCAACUACGUUUCGUUCGUCGUCUCCAUGCAUCCUACGGUGCUGCGCGUGUACGUGCACAUGGACGUCUACGCGAAGUGCAAGCAAGCGGCGAUGCGUCAGCACAUGCGUCGCUUCAUGGCCUGGCUCCUCCUUGCAUCGAGAGACGAAUGGUCGUACCCGUACCUCUCAGAGCUCGAGACCAUGACGGCGCUUGUUGCUACGCCUCUAGUACACCCGUCGCAGCUACUCGAGCAUGUCGCGCCGUGCCCGUUCUCGGCGGCGGGCGACGCCUAUGUCCCGAGCCCGCACCUCCUUCCGACGCUGCGCCGAUACCAGCGCGCCGCCGUCGCAUGGAUGCUGGAGCGCGAAGCUGGCGUCGAUCCCAAGGGCACGCUCGCUACGUUGCAGACAACGCACGCCACGCACCUCGGGACCUCGAUCGCGUACGACCCCUUCGCUGCCGCGUUCGUCCCGCCACGCACAGCACCGACCGCCAUUGUGCGUGGCGGCGUCCUUGCCGACGAAAUGGGCUUGGGCAAGACGCUGCAAGUGCUCGCGUGCAUCUUGUCGCACCCGUGCUCGAUGCCAUUGACCGUGUCGGCUGCGCCACCGCCACGCGCGUGGAUUAGAAACGACGUGAGCUGCGUCUGCAACUCGACGGCGACACACAGCGCUGGUGUCGUACGCUGCACUAUGUGUGGCAUCCUCCAGCACCGCAUCUGCACGGGCGCCGACGCCGACGCGACGUUCCAUUGCGAGGCGUGCUUGCGCGUCGCCCACCCGCUCUGGCUUGCCAAGACAACGCUAAUUGUGUCGCCCCAGUCCAUCCACAAGCAGUGGGAGGCCGAGGUUCUCCGGCACACGACGCCCGGCGCCGUCACCAUCUACUGCUAUAUCGGCAUCAAGGCCAUGCGGGCGCGUCUUCGUGGACCGUCGUCCGAGUGGCAGUACUCUCGGGCACCGGUCCUCGCUACCUUUGACAUUGUCUUGACCACGUACGAAGCGCUGCGCGACGAUGUCCACUACAUACAAAACGCCGACGUCCGAACGUUGCGCCAGGCCAAGCACUACCGCAUCGCGGCAAGCCCGCUCACGCACCUCUUCUUUUGGCGCGUCUGCCUCGACGAAGCACAGCUCGUCGAGAGCCAGCAGACGCAAGCGGCCGUCAUGGCAUCGCAUCUCUCGAUGCAGCACCGGUGGUGGGUCACCGGCACGCCCUUUGGCAAGAGCCUGGCCGACGUGCACGCGACGUUGGCCUUUCUGCGCGCGACGCCAUUGGACGCCAAGGCGCUUUGGCGCCAGCUCACGCCGCACGAUCGCCUCGUGGAUGCGCUCCAAGGGCUCGUCUGGCGCAACCGCAAGUGCAAUGUCGACGAUCAGAUCAUAUUGCCGCCGCAGACGACGCAGUUUCAUUGGCUCGAGCUCUCGAGCAUCGAGGCGCACUUUUACGACACGCAGCACGCGGCGUGCACGCAGAGCUACGCAGCCGGCGACGUCGUGACGCCCGCGAUGCUGCAGAGCCUCUUGCGGUUGCGCCAAGCCUGCUGUCACCCGCAACUCGGUGCGCACGGCAUCCGUGUGCUCGACACGACCGGGCGCGUGCUCACAAUGGACGAGAUUCUCGAUGAGAUGCUGCUCCACGCAAGACGGACCUGCGAAGACGCGCAGCGUCUCUGGAUCGCUGCGACCAAUGGCCUCGCCGGCAUCGACGCCAUCGAACACGACGCUGGCGCCGCCAUUGCGCGCUACUGCGACGCGAUGGCUCUUGUGCAGCACCACUGGAAGGACUUUCGAGCGGACGUGCUGCCGCGACUGCACAUGGCCGUCAACCUCCAGCGACAACUCGCCAAUUUGGUGCCUGCAACUUCAGGGACUGCCGACGCGUCCAUGCCUCCCUUCUUGAACGCCAAAGACGAGCACGGUCUUCCAUCACUUGCCUCGCUGCAGGCGUGCAUGCGCCAAGAGCUGGACGGUGGAAUGCUUGCGCGUCUUGUGGCGAAUCCGUCGGUCGUGUCUGCGACAGCAACAGCGCUGGCUGCGUCGGCACGGCAACUGGAGCAGUACUACUUGAGCACAGCGACGGCACAGCACGACGCUGCAUGGCACAAGUACACGGUAGCACACGACAGCGUGUCUUCGCGUCGCAUCUCGGCAGCGCCACUGGCGGCCAUUUCAGACGCGCAACUGGACCGGCUUCGCGCAUCGUGGCUCGGCCGUUCGGAUGGCUACCAGCGCUUUGCCCGCAAGUUUACAUCGACCGCCGGGCUCAUCUUUCUGGCGUCGUCGGCGCUUGAGGACUUUGCGACACGCCGCAUUGAGAUCCACGACGCGCUUGUGCACCUUAGCGACGGCAUGCCGUCCGCACGUGACGUGGCACUCUCAGGCAACUGUCAACGCUGUCGGCAAGACCGGUACGGCCCCGUGUGCGACCACUGCAAGCUGCAGCCGUCGCUCGACACGCUGCGGGCGACGCUCGUGGACGACGGCGACCUGGCCGUGCUCUUGCAGGUCCUCGGCGAGGUGCAUGGCGAAUAUAAUGACGUGCUCUCCGCUGUCCGCAAGGAGGUCGCGUGCGCCGCCAAGCUCUGGCAAGCGCAGCACGCGCGGCUCGGCGGCCUCGACGAACUCGCCAUGGCCAAGACUACCAUGACGCUCUCGACCAAGGUCGACAACGAAACGGUAUCCGCAUCGUUUACCGCCAACACACAGCAUCAACAUGUCGCUCUGCAGGCCAUCUAUGAGCUCCACGCGUACGAGCUGCCAGCAAAGCGAAUGGCGCUCGAUGGAGAGCGCGCCGACGCCCACGCGACGCUAAGUACUGCGCUCAACCAGCUCCGGUACCUCCAGAACCUGCGACACCACCGCGUGACGUCCUCAUCGCGUCGCGACGACUGCGUCGUGUGCCACGAAGAGCUUCCGAUCGAGCGCGCCGUGUGGCCGUGUGCGCACGUGUUGUGUCGCUCGUGCACGCAAGCGAUGGUCAAGUCGGCGAGACGCGCGCUCUGUCCGACCUGCCGUCGCCCCAGCACCGCGUCGUCGAUUCAAAUGGUCCGGGACGAGCCGCUGCGCAUCGGGCCCGAGUGCGGGACCAAGGUCGACAGCAUCGUCCGCUGCAUCCUUGGUCUCGGCGACGUGCGCGUGCUGCUCUUUUCCCAGUGGCCCGACAUGCUGCGCAUCCUGGCAACGGCCUUGCAUCAAGGACUGCAAGCGUUCAAGGCGGCGACGACGUCGGCGUGCGUGCUGGCGCUGCCCUUUCGACAAGGCGCCAACGGCCUGAAUCUUGUCGAGGCGUCGCAUGUCGUCUUGGUCGAGCCGCUCUUGAACGCAUCGGUGGAGCGACAGGCCAUCAACCGCGUCCAUCGGCUCGGGCAGGAGAAGCCGACGACCGUCCACCGCUUUAUUGUGCAGCACUCGAUCGAGGAAGGGGUGUUGGCGCUGCAGGCCCGCGACACCCACCCGCCACUGCACGUGACCGAGGUGGUCUCGGCAACCGACUGGCGCCUGCUUUUGCAGCAGGACCAUGCCGCGAUGAACGACGGGUUUUGGUCGGCGCCGAUGCGCGGGCCGUCGCGUCGGCAAGUCAAGGACCGCUUGGAACGCGCGAGAUCGUUUGAAUUGCGCGCCGCUGACGCCCGCCUCGUCGACGAGCCGACGCUCGUUGUCUGCGGCGUCUCUCUCAGCGUGCAUGUCGCUGCGCAGUUGCUCCGAGACUGCAUUGCCGUCGAUGAUAACGAUGCAGCGUUGCUUGCGGUGCUCCGACAGCGCCUGCGCGUCAAGCUCCACACGCUGGGGCUCCUGGCGCCCGACGGCGCGUAA